ACUGAUGCAUCUUGGGAUAAAGAAGCUACUCGUCGAAAGUCAUUGGACGUGAGAAGAAUUUUAUUUCUAAUAAUUACCGUUAAAACGUCACAUAAAGCGAAAACUUUGUGUGUAAACUAUCUUGCGCCUGUAUUUUGGAGACUGAAGAGACAUGGGAGCCGAUAAAAGGAUAAGUCGGACCGAGCGCAGUGGUAGAUAUGGUUCAGAACAAUCUCGAGAUGAUUCGGACUGGCGCGACAGAAGAGAAAGAGAUCCGGAGAGAGAUUGCCGACGCUGGGCUGAUGAUCGACGAAGUGAUCGCUAUGAAGGGGACCGCCGUAGUUCAAGAGAUAGUCCAGAGCCACGAGAAAGGAAACGUCGUAACAGUGACAGGUCAGAAGAUGGUUAUCACUCUGAUGGAGACUACCCAGAUCAGGACUACAGAAGGGAACCUGGAGAGGAGAAGAAAAGUAAAACGAUCAUGCUCUGGGGUCUCUCUCCUCAUAUCACUGAAGAAGAUAUCCGUAUGGCUCUUGACCAGUUGGAAGGCCCCCAGCCUGUGGAUGUCCGGUUAAUGAAGAAAAAGACAGGUAUAAGCCGUGGUUUCGCCUUCGUGGACUUUUAUCACUUGCAAGAUGCUACCCGAUGGAUGGAGACCAAUCAGAAUCUUCUAAUCAUCCAAGGGAAAAAUGUGGACAUGCACUACAGUAACCCCAGGAACAAGUUUGAAGACUGGCUCUGUAACACUUGUGGCCUGUACAAUUUCCGGAGGAGGCUGAAGUGCUUCAGGUGUGGAGCAGCCAAAGCCGAUGGUGAAAAUUCUGGUGCUGCUGAAAACCCACCAAGUCUAGAUUUUUAUGGAGAUACCCUCAUCUUGAGAAACAUUCCUCCACUCACUUCAGUUGAAGCCAUAAUUUCAGCUGUUGCACCUUAUGCUAAUCUUUCAUCAAACAACAUUCGUCUCAUCAAGGACAAGCAGACGGGCCAGAACAGAGGCUUUGCUUUCGUACAACUGUCUUCACCUCUGGAAGCUUCUCAGCUCUUGACUAUAUUACUAGGCUUGCAACCACCUCUAAAACUUGAUGGCAAAACAAUAGGUGUCGAUUAUGCUAAAAGUGCUAGAAAAAACCUUUUGCUACCGGAUGGAAAUCGUGUCAGCGCCUUCUCUGUUGCCAGCACAGCAAUUGCUGCAGCACAGUGGUCGUCCAGUCAGCCACAGCCAAGUUCAGAUGAUAUGUCUGAAUACAGCUACCUACAAGAAGGUUAUGUGCCUCGGGACUAUCAAGCGUUUUACCAUCAGGCGGCAGGGCCUAGCACUUCUCAAGGAAAUGGCAUUUUGGGAGCAGCCCCAGCCGUAAAUAUGGUUCCUACUGCAGCCGGUGUGGUCAUUUCACAGACUCCUCAAGUUUACCAACCUCACAUAAUUGCUCAGCCGGCUGUACAGACAUUGUCUCUUGCCCAACAGUUGGACACAAAGCAGCCGACAGGACACCUCACUGGUGUAGAAGCCAUGUCUCUGCCUGUAGCCGUCGUCCAGGGAGCUGCAACAGUGAAUUCUGCAGUAAUGAGCACCGCACAGACAACUGACCCAACAGCUGUUGCACCAGAUACUUCCACUUAUCAGUAUGACGAGUCAUCUGGGUAUUUUUAUGACCCACAAAGUGGCCUCUAUUAUGACCCAAAUACUCAUUAUUACUACAACCCUCAAACUCAGCAGUAUGUGUACUGGGACAGUGAUAAGCAGACAUAUGUCCCAGCUGACUCUAAUGUUGAACAAAAUGCUAAUGCUGGUGGAUCUGCAGCAGCUAACAAGGAACCUAAAGAAGCCAAAGAGAAGAAGGAAAAACCAAAGAGCAAGACUGCUCAGCAGAUUGCUAAGGACAUGGAGCGCUGGGCCAAAAGUCUCAACAAACAGAAGGAGAACUUCAAGAGCAGCUUUCAGCCAAUAAGUCAAGAGGAGAGGAGGGAGGCUGCAGCCGCCGACGCAGGUUUCAUAUUAUUUGAAAAGAAGCAAGGGGGAGCCUUAGACAGACUCAUGGCAGAAGAAGAAGAGGCCCCCAGCACCUCAUCUAACAGCAGCAAAGGCCUGGUAGCAGCGUACAGCGGUGACAGUGACCCUGAAGAGGCAGGUGCAGCAGACCCGGAGGGUGGAGAUGGACAAGACAAACUCACAGACUGGAAGAAAAUGGCCUGUUUGUUGUGCAGGAGGCAGUUCCCAAAUAAAGAGGGUUUAAUACGACAUCAACAACUGUCUGAUCUGCAUAAGAAAAACUUGGAGGUCCUUCAUAGAUCUAAACUCAGUGAAGCUGAGCUAGAAGAGCUGGAGAGGAGAGAGUCAGAGAUGAAAUAUAGAGACAGGGCAGCUGAGAGAAGAGAAAAAUACGGUAUUCCUGAACCUCCAGCACCCAAAAAGAAGAAAUUCAGCCAACCAACCACACCCGCCAUUAAUUAUGAACAGCCUACGAAGGAUGGUCUCAACAGUGACAAUAUUGGGAACAAAAUGUUGCAGGCAAUGGGCUGGAAAGAAGGCAAAGGACUUGGAAGAAAUCAGCAAGGAAUCACUACUCCAAUCGAGGCUCAAUUGAGAACCAAAGGAGCUGGUCUUGGCAUCAAAGGUUCAAACUACACCCUCUCUCCAUCUGACACGUACAAGGAUGCUGUUCGUAAAGCCAUGUUUGCCAGAUUCACUGAACUGGAGUAACUUGCAUAAGAUGUUUUUCUUUACCAGUGGUUAUUGUGUCAUUUAUACUAAUUGUAAAAGUUUAAUUGACAUUUACAAUUAGACCUCGAUUAGAAUCUGUACCUGGGCAUUAUUGUAGUUUGAAUAAUUGGUCAUUUUGUACAUAGUAUUACUUAUUAACAUGUUGGUUACUAAUGAUUUUGUGUUGUGUUAAAACUUGUACAGUUUAUGAAAGAUGUUUGUACAGAAAAUAAAAGAUCCAAGAGAA